AUCAACCAAAGCCUCCCCCUACCUCCCCACAUGAUCCUCCCAAACCAACACAGUUACACUCCAUUUUCCAUCUUCCCAGUGCUUCUGAGAUAUCAGAUAUUAUCUGUUGUAUGGGGUAUAAUCCGACUUGUUAAUGUAUGGAAUUAAGUCUGGAUUAUGUCUAUGUGAAAUCAAUUAGAGGGCCUUCCAAAGUGUAUCCGUGUGUGUGUGUCCCUACAGCCUUGUCUCUUAUCACCCCUGAAGUCGUAAAUAUUCUGAACUGUUUCGGCCCCACGGUUCUGUGGUAACCUUUUGACCUGCAGAGAAGUGGAGGAGGCAAAGGGGCUUGUCCUGAAGAAAGUCCAGGUGCACCAGCUAAUAGUUAUAAAAACAGAUCACGUACUCUUAAAACCGAUGAGCCCACUAAACAAGCAAGAAGGAGAAGAUUCACUGUUCCCCCACGCUACAGAGAAGGCUGAUAAGAAGGAGGGGCAACGUUGGGCUAAUGUCAACAGCAUGUAGAGAAGAGGAAGAGGAGAAGAGGAACGCCUGCAGGAGGCGCUGAGAAGAAGAAACAAGUGAACGGAUGAAGACUGGGAGAAGAAAAGGUGACAUCAUGGCAUCCAAGGUUUAUGGUCUCUUCGGGGCCGCUGGAGAAGUAACAAGAAGAAGAGGAAGAUCAUGUGACCAGACGUGGAGUCCCAGAAGCGGGAGGUGUUGCCAUGGAGAUGCAACCCCUGAAGAAUGCAGAGGGGAGGAGGACAGAGUGAAUAAAAGAGAGUUGCUGAGUCUGUGAAGGAGAUUGCCUUUGAUGGGGUGUGUGUGAGGUAGAGAGAUGGAAAGAAGGAAGCUUUUGCGUUGAGCUUUUUGUCUGUGAUAAUCUGACCUGGUGUCAUUUUUGGAGAGCUCAUUCAGCUCAACUUUGCUAUAACUCGGGUUUUUGGCAAAGAGUUGUUUCACUUUUUAACCCGCUGUGUCGGGGUUUCGUUUGGAUUAUUAUUCUUUUUUCAUCUGUGUGAAAUAAAACCUAGUUCCUCGGAUUCGAGGAACGAAAAAAGGAUUUACGAGUGGGGUCUCCUCCUGUCGGUAACCGAGCAAAGCAGGAUAUGGACAAUGCGGAAGGUGAAGAGGCGAGGAGCGCAUCUGAGGGUGGUGAUUCCAAGGAUGGAGCGGAGAUCAUGAGGACUCCAGAGCGGGGUAAGGUCGCCAAGUCUCCCCCAGUGACUCUUCCUCGUUAAGAUCCAGAGUCUCCGGAACCGCGGCCUGGUUCGGGACCGGUGUCACCUGAUCACGCCCGGCUACAGGUGCGACUCGCACGCCUGAAAUAUGAGGCCGAGGACAAACAGCGAAGGCGGGAGUUCGAGCUUCGCAAACUGGAACUCGAACUGGAAGCUGACACGAGACUAAAGAUGAGACGAAUGGAGCUGGAGAUGCAGGCUGAGAGAACUGUCCAUGGUGCUGAUGCAGCAUCUAGAGGCUCCCUGGCAGCGACUGAGAGACUGGAUGUCGGGAAGUGCAUGGGGCUGAUGCCGCCGUUUCGCGAGGCCGAAGUGGAUAGUUACUUCGCCGCAUUUGAGCGUAUCGCUACGACACUCAGUUGGCCGCGUGAAGUGUGGCCUCUUCUCCUUCAAUGUAAGUUGUCUGGGAAAGCGCAGGAGGUAAUGACUGCUCUAUCUGUCUCUGACUGUGGGGAUUAUGAUACUAUUAAAGACGCAGUUUUACAUGCCUAUGAAUUAGUACCUGAAGCUUAUAGGCAGAAAUUUAGAUCUCUACGUAAACGUGAUGAGGGGCAAACAUUUGUUGAAUUUGCGAGAGAGAAGGGUUUACUGUUUGAUAAAUGGCUGCAGUCCUCAAAAGUGACCAACCUGAACGAAUUACGAGAGUUAGUUCUACUGGAGGAGUUUAAAAGAUGUCUUCCUGAAAGAACAGUGUUGUAUUUAAAUGAGCAGAAAGUGAAUAAUCUGUCAGCUGCAGCACUUCUGGCUGAUGAGUUCAUGCUAACCCACCGUGUUAAAGUGGAAAAAGUAGUCAGGGACAGAUCGCAUGCUGUAAAACCUAGGCACUUUGAAAGAAACUCAGAAACAAGUCCACCAAGGUGUUUUUACUGUCACCAGGUGGGUCAUAUUGUCAAAGAUUGUCUGAUCCUGAAGAGGAGAGAGAGGAAAAAUGAUCGUGUGGUAGCAUUUGUUGCAUCAGAUGAAACUCAGAAAAGGCCAGGCUUGCUUGACCCCUCAUAUCAACCAUUUAUUUUGGAGGGUUCUAUAAGUAUGGGGGAGGGGUAGAGCGUGCCAAUAAAAAUCCUCAGAGAUACUGGAGCAUCUCAAUCAUUGGUACUGGAGUCUGCGCUUCCCUCUGAGGCAACAGUCAAUACAGAAACGUCUGUGUUGUUGAAGGGUUUGACGGGUGAAGUUAUGUCAUGUCCACUUUGUGAAGUGAAAAUCACAAGUAACCUUGUGUCAGGUGUUUUUAAAGUGGCUGUGUGUAAAACUUUACCUAUUGCAGAGGUUCAUCUGCUGCUGGGAAAUGACAUAGCAGGAGGAGCCGUUGUUCCUGUGCCUCAGGUCAUUGAACACCCAGAGAAAGUUGCCUGUGUGAUGUCCCCACGAGGUAUUGUUCCAUCGUGUGUAGUGACCAGAUCAGCUGUACGUCAUGAGGCAAAUGAA